ACGGUCCAAGUCAAUGUCGCGAAGCAGGGCUCCCAGCCCGAUGCGUCGCAUCUGACCAUUGGCGUCGCGACGAGCCUAUCACGCCUGCCCGAGGCCUUGCUAAAUUUCAAGCACUGGGCUGCCCAUACGAACGUCCACUUCGUCAUCAUCGUUGAGCUGCCGGAUCGCGAGAAACACCCCAAGGAGCCCAGCAUCGCUGAGGCCAAAGACAUGUACGCUAAGGCCGGUAUACCCAACCUCACGUUGGUCGAGUCUGCCAAGGACUUUCUCGAACGCUACGUCGAAUUGAUCGGUGUGCUGCACGACCACGUUGAACCGAACAAGACGAAGUGGGUAUCCUUCAUCGACGACGACACCUUCUUCUUCCGCAUGGAGACACUGCUAGCUCGACUGGAGAAAUACGACCCCGACCGGUCCUUUUACGUGGGCCAGACAUCAGAGAACAAGUGGAACGUCGAUGAUGGUGGCAUCUUCGCCAUCGGCGGCGCUGGCGUUUUCAUGACGGUACCACUGCUACGCCAGCUAGCGGCUCAUCGGGAGGAAUGCGAAAGCUACUUGCCCGGAGGGGCUGGCGACGUUCGACUUGCCCACUGCAUCUUCACUUACACCACGACGAAAGUAUCGCUGGAGUAUGGGCUGUACCAGCUGGACCUCCACAUCGAUGUUACAGGCUUCUACGAGGCCGUGCGUCCCCAGCCAAUAAGCGUGCACCACUGGAAGACGUGGCACCACCACGACAUGCCCACCGUCUCCGCUGUUAGCAGCGUGUGCGGCCAGGCGUGCGUGCUGCAACACUUCAAAUUCCGCGACGGCUGGCAGAUGACCAACGGGUUCUCCAUCAUCAAGUACAGCUACAACGAGACGGAGCUGGCCAGCCAGAUCGAAGCUGCCAUGGAGCACACGUGGAAAUUGACCAUCUGGGACAUCCCGACUAGUUGGCUGUACUCUCUGGCGCCGCUGAAGCCAAAGGACGAGGGCAAAAUACAAUACAUGAUGGAGAAAGUCGACUACGACCAAGACCAGGUGAUACUGUACUACGUACGGAGGAGAAAUGGCGCUGGCGAAGGCCUCAUUCGAGUCGCAUGGUCG